AUGGACAGGAACAGGAAAUUGCUCCUAGCUGUGGGGUUGUUAUUCCAUUUCUUCUACCUAUGGUCCAUCUUUGACAUUUAUUUCGUCCUGCCAUUGGUUCAUGGCAUGGACCACCACGUUUCCACUUAUGAACCACCAGCGAAAAGAAUUUUCCUUAUUGUGGGAGAUGGUCUCAGAGCUGACAAGACAUUUCAAAAAUUGACUCAUCCAAGAACAGGCGAGUACAAAUACUUGGCACCGUAUUUGCGAAGUUUAGCAUUGAAUAAUGGAACGUGGGGGAUCUCAAAUACUAGAAUGCCCACGGAGUCACGUCCGGGGCAUGUUGCAAUGAUUGCUGGGUUCUAUGAGGACGUGUCUGCGGUUACUAAAGGCUGGAAAGAGAAUCCAGUGAAUUUCGACUCAUUCUUUAAUCAAUCCAAGCAUACGUAUUCCUUUGGUAGUCCCGAUAUCUUGCCAAUGUUUGCGUAUGGAGAUGGUGUUGUGCCUGGGAGAAUUGAUGUUUGCAUGUAUGGACACGAGUUUGAAGAUUUCAGCAAGAGUUCAAUAGAGUUGGAUUCGUUUGUGUUUAAACAUUUCGAUGACCUUUUGACUAAUCUGACAAGGAAUGCGACAUUGCAUGAUGAAUUGCAUCAGGAUGGAAAUGUGUUUUUCUUGCAUUUGUUGGGUCCAGACACGGCUGGGCACGCUUAUCGUCCUUAUUCUGCCGAGUAUUAUGAAAACAUCGAAUAUAUAGACACGAUGUUGCAAAAGGUUGUGCCACAGAUCAAUGAAUUCUUUGGUGAUGAUAAGACAGCAUUUGUGUUUACUGCUGAUCAUGGGAUGUCAGAUUUUGGAUCACAUGGAGAUGGUCAUCCUGAUAAUACUAGAACACCUUUGAUUGCGUGGGGGGCAGGGCUUAACAAGCCGGUUCUCUUGAAGGAUGUGGAACAUUUAGAGGCGCAAGUACUCAAACAGGAUCCAAUUGCAAGCGGAUUUGAAUCUACCUAUUUUGACACGUGGGAGAUGGAUCAUUUAGUGAGAAAUGAUGUGAACCAAGCCGAUAUUGCUUCGUUGAUGGCGUAUUUGAUUGGUGCCAAUUACCCAGCAAACUCUGUUGGUGAAUUGCCAUUGGGCUAUAUCGAUGCCACUCCACAAAACAAGAUUAAGGCUCUUUACGCAAAUGCGUUAGCCAUAGUUGAACAAUACAUUGUCAAGGAGAAGGAAGUUUACAAUCACCAGUUCAAAUUCAAGCCAUAUGAGCCAUUUACAGAAAAAUCGAUCAAGGAUUAUCAAAGAGAGAUUGAAAGUAUAAUUGUGUUGUUGAAAGACACACCAGAUGAAGAAGUUGAAAAAUUGGCGAUUGAAAUCACAGAAGAGUUGAUGAAAAAGACAUUGGCUGGGUUGAAUUAUUUGACCACGUACAACUGGGCUUUACUUCGUUCGAUUGUGACUUUGGGCUUCUUUGGAUGGAUUGCUUACUCAUUCAUUUUAUUCUUGAAACUUUUCAUCUUAUCAAGGUAUGAUUUGAAAAAAGUCAAGAGUCUGUAUUCGCCAGUGGUCUUGGCGUCGUUCCUGAAUUUGCUCUUGAUAAACUUGGGCUCAAUUCUUGCAUUCGUCAUCAGUAUUGUGGGAUUCAAUGAAGUUGAAACGAGAAGCUAUGAUAUUAGUGCUGCACUGAAAGUGAUUACAUGGGCACAAAUACUUGCCAUUCCCCUAAUCACCUACGCUACUGACGUAUCUGUAUGUUCAUUACAAUCAAGAAAUGGUCUUCCAUUGCACUCACAAGUUCUUGGCUGGAUCACGUUCAUCGCGUCGCUAAUAGUUCUUCCUGUGCUUCAUUCCAUCUUCCCAUCAAAAGAUUACCGCUAUAGAUUAUUGAUUGUAUUUAUCACAUUUGUGCCAACCUUUGUCAUCUUCACCAUUUCCUAUGAAUUGUUGUUCUACAUUGGGUUUUCAUUGGUGUUGUUGCAAUGGCUCACAAUUGAAGAGUUCUUGAAGCAUUCACAGGCAGAAAUAGUGAAGGAGCACAAAGAGACGGGAAAAUUGCCACAGGGGUACUGGGUGCAAGUCAUUAGAAUUGCCAUUAUUGGCUUCUUCUUUUUACAAGUUGCAUUCUUUGGAACUGGUAAUGUCUCAUCGAUAUCGUCAUUCUCGUUGGAUUCAGUGUACCGAUUGAUACCAGUUUUCAGUCCGUUUGCAAUGGGAGCGUUACUAAUGAUCAAGCUCAUCAUUCCAUAUGUGUUACUCUCUACGUGCUUGGGCAUAAUGAAUCAUCAAUUGGAGGUUAAACGAUUUACAAUAUCCACAUUGAUUAUAUCAACCAGUGAUCUUCUUUCUUUGAAUUUUUUCUUUUUGGUGCGGACCGAGGGAUCGUGGUUGGAUAUUGGAGUAUCUAUUUCAAACUAUUGUUUAGCGAUCUUAUCCUCGUUGUUUAUGUUGAUUUUGGAGUUGAUUAGCUCGGUUGUAUUGAGUGGUGUUGAAUAUACUCAAUCGAGCAAAAAGUUGGAUUACGAACCUAUUAGUUAUAGACUUCGGAGAAAGAAAGACACAUAG